GGUGUGAGGGUGGCACUUGGCUUGGGUGUAGAGCUUGGUAUGGCAGCGGAGCUUGGUGUGACGGUGGCACUUGGCUUGGGUGAAGAGCUUGGUGUGGCAGCGGAGCUUGGUGUGACGGUGGCACUUGGCUUGGGUGUAGAGCUUGGUAUGGCAGCGGAGCUUGGUGUGACGGUGGCACUUGGCUUGGGUGAAGAGCUUGGUGUGGCAGCGGAGCUUGGUGUGACGGUGGCACUUGGCUUGGGUGUAGAGCUUGGUAUGGCAGCGGAGCUUGGUGUGAGGGUGGCACUUGGCUUGGAUGAAGAGCUUGGUGUGGCAGCGGAGCUUGGUGUGACGGUGGCACUUGGCUUGGGUGUAGAGCUUGGUAUGGCAGCGGAGCUUGGUGUGAGGGUGGCACUUGGCUUGGAUGAAGAGCUUGGUAUGGCAGCGGAGCUUGGUGUGACGGUGGCACUUGGCUUGGGUGUAGAGCUUGGUAUGGCAGCGGAGCUUGGUGCGACAGUGGCACUUGGCUUGGGUGAAGAGCUUGGUGUGGCAGCG